UUUUAUAUAUACACAACAUCGACCUCGAUUCCACACACUGCUCAUCUGCAAAUAUCGUUAACGUUUAACUUCUCCAUUGACAUGGCGUCUCAUCCCAGCCUUCUAUUUCACGCCUUUCUCUUCCUUCUUCUCGCCGGCGACGGCGAGGCCGCCACAUUAAGCUCCCCGACGGCGGCCGCCGGCGUUCUGAACACCACGGAAUUCAUCCGCCAGUCCUGCGACGGCACCCUGUACCCUAGCCUCUGCUUCACUUCCCUCGUCGGUUACGCCUCCGUGGUCCAGCAGAGCGACGCGCGGCUCUCCCAGGUGGCCUCCGACUUCACCUCAGCCCGGGUACGCUCCGCCUCCCGCAGCCUCUCGGGCGCUCUGGCGAGCACGGGCCCCGUUGCGGGGCCCCGCCUGCGCGCGGCCCUGCGAGACUGCUCCGACCUGAUGAGCGACGCGGCGGAGUGGGCGGGGCAGGCGGCGGAGGCGCUGCGCGGGGUGGAGAACCUGGUGGGGCCGGAGGUGACGUGGCGGGUGUCCAACGCGAUGACGUGGAUGAGCUCCGCGCUGACGGACGAGGACACGUGCACGGACGAGCUGGAGAAGCUGGCGGCCCCGACGGGAUCAGCCGACUGCUGGUCGAAGGCCAGCGAGGUGUACCGCCGGGUGAGGAAGGCGGAGAAGCACACCAGCAUCGCCCUGGCCCUCAUCCACAAGCUCGGCUUCUAACUACUCUCUCUCUCUCUCUCUCUCUCUCUCUCUCUCUCUCUCUUAAUUCUUGUACGUACGACCGUACGUUAAUGUUUGGAGCAUGGAGCUGGCGAGGGCGUUAUCUUAGCCUUUGAUUUGCGUCUACAAAAAUUGGUUGAUUAUUAAUUUUUCAUGCAUUUUGCGUGCAUAUAUA